UCAGCCCAUGUCGAUAAAUUAAUGACAGGGAGCCUACUGGGUGCUUGAAAAGACAACAACAAGAUGCUCCUACACUCUGAUGCAUGAAAGAUUCGUUAUGCAACAUAUUAUUUCUUGUCCUACAUAUGGAUACCUUAAAACAAUUAAAAUGCUACAUUUCUGUUUGUGAUCACCCGCUGGCCGCUGGUCCGUCGUGGCAUAGCUAGAAGCCAUGUUCUCACGCUGUCGUUAGUGUUUUAAAAACGCUUUUUGUGAGAUGCAAAAACAUUAUGUGCAGGAAAAAAUCUAAUUCAUUUAGCAUGCACAAGUUUGGUUUAUUUGAAAGUGUUCCAAUUUUUUUUCAUCGAUGGGCACAAUCCUGCUGCAACGUACAAGUGGUUACAGCAAGGUUUCUUUCAGGGAAAGGCUGGAUAAAAUAUCGUGGGAUGCUGAUACAGUGACAAGGCUACUUCUUUUUUUUCCUAUAGCACCAAUAUGGGGAGGCGAAGUAAAAAUGACAAGACCCAUAAGUCAUUGCAACCUGUGAAAGCAUCUCAAGACAAUUCUCAGCCAGUGGAAAAACAGUCUCUGCAGAGACGACGAAGACACAAAAUUAACAGCCUGUCAACCAAGCACAACACAUCUCAACUCAAAACCCAGCACCAACCAGAUGCAAAGCCCCAUUCAUUGCCCUCUACAGGGGAUGGGAAUGAGCACAAGGACCAACGGGGCCCUCACUACAGCCGUCAUAGAGAACAGAAGCACACUGGUCCUAGGAAAAGUAGAUGUGCACCAACUCCACUUCUAAGCUCUCCAUCAGAGCCAAGUUCAGACCCACAGAAGGACCAGGCACCAAACCCAGAGACUGUGAAGUUGAGUGAGUACAGAGAGAAAAGCAAAGACAGUGACAGUGACGUUUCUGAGUCAGAGAGGCUUCCUGUGCUCCCUUCCCACUGCACCCCCCCUCAGCUCAACCUGAGGGCUGAGGUUAUCGACUCUAAUGACUUCUCACCACAUACCACUGGAAGAAGACGGCAGGGCCACGACAGUUUAAGUUUUCCAGACUUCUUGCCUCCACCUUUUAAUGCUUGGAGUCUGGGGCAGCUGGCUGUGUACUACAACAUGGAGCGAGGGGUACCCCCUCGUCCCAGGCCAGUUGAGCCACUGGAAAGGUAUAUGGAGAGGCUUCUACAGCUAGAAUGGCAUCAGUUCCAGACUGUCCAGGAGGAAGGUGGUAAAUCCAAUGACUCAAUCGUAGCCGGUUGUCACCACCGGCCUCAUGUUGCUCUCUCCUCCCGUCUCAGUUGUCCCAAGAGCAUCCUCCAGUGUCAGCGGGCCUUUCCUUUCACGUUCCUCUCCUCCCUGGCCAGUCACACUGUCCAACUCUCUGGUUGUUCCUGCACAGCCUGCCGCACCCUGCACACUACCUGCUGUCGCUCCCAUGUCCAACACCGCCAUUCUCAACUCAGUCCACCGCAGGAGCCUAGGGGCCGGGCCUACCUCCCUCCUAAGAGGAGUUACAGUGAGAGCCGGGCUCACUCGCCUGAUAAGAGCAUGACACGCAGGGCCCAGAGGUUUGGGAGCCCGGAGAGAGGGAAGAGCUACAUGAAAAACAUGCAAGCAUUUGGAAACAUUCGCAACCCUGUUUCGAUUCCCCCAACUGGUAAGCCUCAGUCUGUAGUAAAAGGUUUGAGUGUUGGGACUGAAAAUAAAUUGGGUUGUAUUGGGGUAGAUGAUAAACUACCUAGGGAUCACAGGCAGGUUGGUUUAAGGAGAAGUGGUUCUGAGCAGAGAAGCGGGUCCGAGAGGAAAAAUGGGUCGGAAUGUUUGAGGAGUGAACGAAAGAGGAGUGGCUCUGAACGUAGAAGAGCUGGGCUUUCAGAAGCCCGACAACCAGAUGUUAUUGGUGCAAUAGUAGACCAUUUACUUGGAUCCAAGAAUUUAACCAUAGUAAAGCCAAAUGGUAGGCUUAAACAGGUAGAAUUUACAAAGUAAUGCCACAGCUUUGAUACUGGCAUUCUCUAUAUGUUUACAGACAUUGCGUGAUGUUUAAAAAGGCCAAACAAAGGUUUGCCACUGUCACCUCUACUCUUUCUAAUAAUAUAGUGUUGUCAUGGUAUUUAUGAAACAUGAAGACUAUAGUACAUCUUUACAGUUAUCAUUCAUUUUCAACAAGAAAGGGAAGUCAGUCUUCUGAACAUGAUGUUUUGACUUCUGUCUUGCUGAUGAAGUGAUUGUUGUAGUUUAAUAAACACAAGGUGCUUACUUUUUGGUGCUUCCCUUUCAUGGAAAUAAAGAGAUUAAGAAUUUUAAAUUGUACUUCCGUUUCAACACACAUUUUGUAAUCACUGUCGUCAAAUUGUUUGAAUUCCUCCCAAGUAUAACUUGUGAAUAAAAAAAAUUAC